CAGCUGGAAGGUGUGCGGUUUCUCUGGAAGCGGCUUAUUCGCAAACGCGACGGAGCUGUGCUUGCUCAUUCGAUGGGACUCGGUAAAACAUUGCAGGCAAUUACCUUUGUCACAACUUACCUUCAAGAGAUCAAGAAUGAAAAUCCCAGUAUUCCUGAACGCUUAAGGUCAAAUCGGAUUCUCAUUCUCGCUCCGUUGAUCACUUUGACGAAUUGGGUGACAGAGUUCUAUCGAUGGGUGCCGUCAGAUCUGGAAUCCACGGUUGGACACAUUUACAACUUCUGUGAUGUUAGUACCGAAGCUAGAGGAUCAAUAUCAGCGCAGAUACAUUAUUUGAAAAACUGGUUCAACGAGGGUGGCGUACUGUUAAUGAACUAUGACCGUUUCCGUACUUUACUGGUAUCACCAGCUUACAUCAAUUAUCGAGACCAGCUACGGACGAUGCUUCUGAAUCCUGGCCCAAGCAUGAUUAUCCUUGACGAAGGGCAUCGUAUCAAAAGCAAAGACUCGCAGAUUACGAAUCUGGUGAACAGCAUUGCCACUUAUGCUCGUGUCAGUAUGACUGGAUAUCCUCUCCAGAAUAACCUGGCGGAAUACUAUUACAUGAUUAAUUUUGUGUCUCCUGGUGCUUUGGGCGACAUGGAAAGCUUCCGACGAAACUUCCAAAGUCCCAUUGAAAACGUAUAUGCCGAGUCGCCACAAUCUGUCCGCAUGCUGGCCAAAGCACGUCUGCUGGAGCUACAACUUAUGGCAAGCUUCUUUGUUGACCGAAAAAAUAACACGAUUUUGAACCAGGAGCUUCCUGGCAAAACCGAGUAUUACAUAGCAUGUCGAUUGACAAGUAUACAGUUUGAUCUGUAUCAGCGAUUCCUAGAGUCCGUGUUGAAUAGUCAGAGGCCCCUGAUUGAUAUCAUCCUCUUUCGAGCAAUUUGCAAUCACCCAGCAGUCUUUGAAAAGAUGCUACGAAGACGUCAACUUAUGCUUCAAACACAGCUGGAUGCCAUCGCAGAACCUACACAGCAAAUAAAUACCGAGAGUGCCCCCAACCGGCCACAUGAUGACUUUGAUUAUAACCCUACCGAGGUGGUGGACGAAAACGAGCUGAAAGCGCUUGAAAUCCUGGUCAAAAAAUGUAACCUGGAGUGGGCUUUCAAGUUUUUCGAAACUAUAUCUGAUGUGGAAAACUGGAAGCAUUCUAGAAAAGUACUUGUUUUACUUGAGAUCCUCCACGCUAGUCGCGAAUUAGGCGAUAAGGUCGUUGUUGUGUCUCACAGUAUUAUAUGCUUAGACUACCUUCAACCGCUAUUAGCCACGUUGAGUUAUUCGGUGUCACGCAUCGACGGCACCACUCCACAGGAGGAAAGACAAACUAUCAUUGAUCAUUUUAAUGGCCCGGCAGGAGGAAAGCAUGUCAUGCUAUUGUCCGCUAGAGCUGGAGGUAUUGGCGUCAAUAUCACAGGCGCCAACCGGCUAGUAUUGUUUGAUCUCGAUUGGAAUCCAUGCUAUGAUGAGCAAAGUAUAGGGCGUGUCUAUCGAUAUGGUCAAAAGAAAUACGUUUACAUCUAUCGCUUGACGACGUAUUCUUCCAUCGAGCAGACGAUCCAAACAAAAAAUGUGCACAAACGAGGUAUAUCAAGUCGUGUCAUUGAUAAUCGUUUGACAACACCUCAAUUGCGUAAUGAAAUGACAAAAUACUACCACUUACCUAUCGCAGACCCCGUCUCAAAAAUCGGAGAGAUCGACUUUGAAAUCACAGAUCCGGUCAUGAGAAGAUUACUGGAAGAUAACAACAACAUCGUGGAAGUUUCAACUGGCGACAUGGUAACCGAUACAAAUAUCCAACAAAUUGAAGAAGACCUGGACCAAAAAACCAUCUACGAUAUCAGAAACCAUGUGCUGCAGCAACAAAGAGAACACAACAGACGGUUAAGGGGUUAAACCAUAUUUAUGAAACGACAUCUUUUCUUCUCAUCGUCAUUUCCAUCAUCAUUUCACACCAAUUCAUACAGCAGCAUAUCAACUCAUUCAUCUAUUCUAUUCUCAUUCGUUUAUCAUUUGCAUUGUUCGAAUACAGUAACUUUAUUUCGAGUACUCGAGCUUCCUAUUUGUUAUUUCCAAUCU